AGAUCCUCCUGCUACUGAGAUAAAAGCGUGCACCACCACUCCUGGCCUCUGUUUUUGCUUUUUUAGAGAUGGUGUCUAAAUUCCAAGUGCCAGGUAAGACUUCAGAAGUUUAUAGUUACAGCCCCUGUGGUUGCCUUCUUUCUUGUUGACAAGUAGUGAUUACAAGGCCAGUUCACAGUUUCUCGCACUUAGUUCAGCACAGACCCUUCCAGGACACAAAAUCAAGUUGGUGGAAUUUAGAAGAACAGGGCUCGUGCACAGGCCCUUGCAUCUCUAUAUUAUAAGCAGCGCCAGGGCGCUUGCCCUUGACGUGACCCUAUCUUCCACUCUAGUAGAUGCCCUGCUGGCAAGCUGUCUCCAGGGAGAAACUGGGUUUCUCCCCGUCUAUUGGUCAGAUGAACCCCUUGGAGAAGUCCUUGUUACUACCUGAGAGAACGAGAGCCCAUUGGCCAGGACACUUCACAAUGACACAGUAGCCCUCAGGAUUCUCGUGAUUGGCUGGCGACCCGUCUCCAAGAGCCUAUGGCCUGAAACCGCGUGUUUUGCUGCCUGGCACCAGGAGUCAGAGCUCCCCCUCCGUGGCUCCCCAUUGGCUGUCCUGGCACAAAGCUUUGGAGAGCAUGCUCCUGGUCCCGCUGGAGGGCGACUGAACCUAGAGCAAGUUCCAGAAGCUCGACGACAGCUGACGAACACUCAGUCUUCCCUGAAGACCAGUUUUUUUGUUCGUUCGUUCGUUCGUUUUCUGGCCCUGUUCAGGCUUCCCCUUGGAGCUCCGCAUCUGUGGUCAGGACGUCAAUCCUGAAGAAUUUGGAUUGAGAUCCAGACGGGAUUGGUGCGGAGCGUGAACUGCAGAGAUGUUCUACUAUCCCAACGUGCUUCAGCGCCAUACAGGCUGCUUCGCUACUAUUUGGCUAGCGGCAACCCGAGGCAGCCGGUUGGUGAAGCGGGAAUAUCUGAAAGUGAACAUAGUAAAGACCUGUGAGGAAAUACUCAAUUAUGUGCUGGUACGAGUGCAACCUCCGAUGCCCGGGCUGCCCCGGCCCCGCUUCUCCCUCUAUCUCUCGGCCCAGCUUCAGAUUGGUGUGAUACGGGUCUAUUCUCAACAGUGCCAGUACCUUGUAGAAGACAUCCAGCAUAUCCUAGAGCAUCUGCACCGGGCCCAGCUGCGGAUUCGCAUUGACAUGGAGGAGGCUGACCUACCUAGCUUGCUCCUUCCUGACUGCCUGGCCAUGAUGGAGAUGCUGGAAGAUGCUCCAGAACCUUUUUUUGGGACGAUGUCUGUGGAUCCCAGACUUCCCAGCCCUUUUGAUAUUCCUCAGAUUCGACAUCUUUUAGAGGCUGUGACCCCAAAGAAAAUUGACAGGACCUUAGCCACUGCACAGUCUCCUGAGACCAUCACCCUACAGGAGGCAGAGCCCAUACGCAUGUUGCAGAUUGAGGGUGAGCAGGAUCUCCCAGAGGUCAGUCGAGGAGAUUUGGACCUGCUGAUUGCCGAGGAAGAUGAUGCCAUAUUGCUGGAGGAACGCCGGCGACGCAGGCUUCUCCAGCAGCGGAGGGUUUCCCCAGCACUGGAUGAAUCCAAGGAAGAACCCCGGGUCAUGGAGGGUAAUGGUGUGGUCCCCUCAUUCUCACCUCCAGCUCCAGCACAGGUUGAAGGCAUACAAGAACCACUUCCAGGCCAGCUCUUCCCUCCUGAGGCACAGAAAUUGACAGGCUGGGAGCCUGAGGCCAUACUCACUGAGGUGACCCCUCCAAAGGAGCUGCGUCUACCCACCCCACCUAGUGCAGAGAAGAGGCCCCCACCUCCUCCAAGCCCACCUGGCCGCCAACGCCGCCAGUUACUCUUCUGGGACAAGGAAACUCAGAUCUCCCGGAAGAAAUUUGAGGAACAGCUGCAGACCAGGGCUCACUGCUGGGACUAUCCCGUGAUCCAGUCUCCCAAAAGGAUGAUUACAAGCCCGGCGGAGCUCUUCAGAACCCCAACUUUCUCGGGCUGGCUGGCGCCAGAACUCCUAGCUUUAUGGACCCACUGUGCCCAGACACCCUCAAGAAUGCUGAGACAAAGACCACAACGGGAGCCUGAAGAGGCAGCUGAGGAGAGGGAAGUGGCAGGCAGGGAGGGAAGACCGACUGAAGCUCUGAGUGAGAUUGAGGUCCUGAGAGAGGCCCAGGAGCCCAGUGGUCCCCUCAUGCUCUCUUCAGAGCUCUCCCUGGAAGCAGCGGAAGAGGAAAAGUCACGUACUAGCCUCAUCCCUCCCGAGGAACGGUGGGCCUGGACUGAAGAGGGGCAGCCAGAGCCUCCUGCACUGCCCAUGCUGCCUGAGAUCCCUGAAGUGCCCAUGGAGAUGCCCCCAGGACCUGAGCUACUCUCUUCAGAGGCUGUACUUAGAGCGGUAGCAUUGGAGCUGCAAGCCAACAGGGAGCCUGACUUCAGCAGCCUGGUACCCCCUCUCAGCCCCCGGAAGUUGGCUUCUCGGGUCUUCUACCUGCUCCUGGGUGAGUGUAGAUACAAGAGAGAUAGGGGUAGACAGGCCGGAAGCCUAACACACUACAAUCGCCUGCCUUCUCCUUUCCCUACCAGUGCUAUCCGCAGAGAAGAUCCUUCUUGUGGAACAAGAGAAGCCAUAUGGGCGCCUCCUGAUCCAUCGGGGCCCCAGAUUCCACUAAGCAAGUUCAUUAAACCAUAUCCUACCUCACUGGACUUUGUGGGUUUUUUGUUUUGUUUUGAUUUAUUUUUAGUUUUAAAUUGUGUGUUGGAACUUGUAAGUGAGUGCAGUUGUUUGGAAAGGCCCAAAGAGUUUUGAGCCAUCUAGUGUGAGUUCUAGGAACAGAACUCCAUCCUCUGCA